AUUAUUUCUGAUGGCGGAUCUCAAAUCAAUGACUUUCGUGCAGCAAGUUCGUCAAGCAUACGAGCAGGUUGUUGCAGCAAUUAUUCGCCCCCCACGCACUAGCUACGAGCCGCGUCAUCUUGGGCCUAGAUUAUUCGAGUUUCUUGGACGCUCUUUUGAACGGAGAGAUUUUGUGGUGCUGAAUUCUCGCGGUCAUACACUUGUUUGCUCUCGUUGGCAACCAACAAACUUCCGCGCACGCAUGUUGCCCACUCUUAUUUUCAUGCACGGAAAUGCGUCUGCUCGCGUGGAGGCGUUGCCGCAACUGUCCGUUUGCCUCUCCCUUGGCAUCGCAGUUGUAUCCUUUGAUUUCUCGGGGUCCGGACUCUCGGAGGGUGAGUAUGUCACCCUAGGAGCUUGGGAGCGCCUAGACAUCCGUGCAAUUGUGGCAUAUCUUCGAGAAGAAGGAGCAACUUCGACAAUUGCAUUUUGGGGCAGAAGCAUGGGCGCGGUAGCGGCGCUUCUCUAUGCAGAUGAGGAUAACAUGCUCGAUGCAAUGGUUCUGGACUCUCCAUUUGCAUCCCUUCGAAUGCUCGCGGAAGAACUAGUGCACCGAGCAACUUCCGGCUCGUCUAUUAAGAUACCUGGAUUUGCCAUUGCUGCAGUUCUGCGCCUGGUGAGAUCAACAAUUAGGAAGCGCGCAAAGGUGGACAUAAACGAAAUAGUCCGCAGCCAUAGUCCCAAGACGUUCUUGUGCUAUAAGAGCUGCACACAGGCGGCAAUCGACCACGUGGCAAGAAUGUAUGUCCCAGCACUUUUCUGUGUUGUGCGCUCCGACUCAUUCAUUUCAAAUCGUCACUCAGACCUUCUUCAUGCCAAUUAUGCAGGCUUGCCCCUGCGCUUGAUGGCGAUCACAAUGAAGUUCGCCCCCCGUCAAUGCAUGUACAGCUUCUGUGUUACUUGCUGUUGUCUUCUGGGCAAUCGCCAAUGCAGGUUUUUGUCAGCACCCGCCGUUGUUCAAACUGACACCCAUGGUGAACAAGCAACUGGGAUGGGAAAGGAACUCGUAGAUGAUUGUGGCCGGGGCCCAGAACCCGCCCAAUCUAACCUUCGCCUUGGGUACCCGUCAACCCCGGGCGACAGGCAAAAAAAGCAACGCGCCCAUAUGCCUAUUUGUCGUUUCGCUGCAAAGGCCCAGCGCAAAAACCAGCGCAAAAACCAGCUGGGGCGUCUGGUGACCGAGGGGGUUGACCGCCGGUAUGCCUGGUAUUUGUGUUUCAUUCCGGAGCAGGGUAUCCACUUCAAGUUACGACCCGUAGAACCGCAGCCAGAGCCAGAGCCAGAACCUCAGCCGGACCUGGGCGAGGGGGACAUCGUCAUCAUGAUGGUGACGUUGGAGGGUUACGACCACAAGGUCGAAGGCAUAGUGAAAUCUGCUAAUAAGGAAACUGUGACAGUUAGAUUCUACGCGGACGACGCGGAAAUGGAUUUUGACAGGCACGACAAAGACGUAGAACUGGUGCGGAAGACGCUUUCCCGAGAGGCACUUGCAAAAGAAGCGUACGGGGUUCGUCCCGAUUCGUCGCGGAAAGGACUCACGGGGGUCGACCGUGAACACAGCCACGGGGUGGUAGACUUUGGUGGCGAUGUGCGACAAGUACGCCCGCUGGAUCUCGUUCCGGCCCCCCAUCUCGCUCGGCGGGCUUGGCUUGAGGCUAGCUCGGCCCCAUCGUAUUCGUUUCGCGGUACCCUAAACGAUUUUUUUGAAGAUAACGAUGAGCGCGGGCUGCGCUUCGCAGAGCAUGGGCGAGUCGCCUCUUUCGGCGUGCAAUGCGGGUGUCUCGGGGCAUACGAUCGUCCCAGCUUCCUCCGCUGGACGCCGCGUGCUGGCAUGUCGAUGUAUGUUCGAGUCGCCGGCAAACUUUGUGGCAUUGGGCGUGUCACCAUGGGCCACAAAGGGAGGGCGUUUAUGUACGGGGAUGGCUGA